AUGCAGGUGCUUUCGUUUCAGGUGGGCAAAAUGUUCUGCGGAAUGCUCCUCUUGUUGGGUUUCACAUGCGCCCUGGCAAGUGAAGAUUUGUCGCCAUCGCCACCUGAAGGCCCCGCGGAGGUCAUCGACAUACACGUCGAAGAUUCCCCAGGGUCACAUGUUGCAGGAGCAAUUACGGAUCUUCUUUGGGUUCAGUUCGUCAGACAUGGCCGAGCAUACCAGAUCAGGUUGGAAAGGAAGCCUUUAACUUCGGUGAGGCAUCACAUCCAUGAAGGGGGCCAGGUUCGCAAGGGCCCCCUCCCAGAGUGCUUCUACAAAGGCUACGUAGCCGGAAUACCUGGAAGCAGUGCCAGCAUCUCAACAUGCAGAAACGGCCUCUCGGGCAUCAUCGUGGGCCUCUUCAAUUCCACACUGGCAAUUGAGCCGGUUGAGCCGGUCAGCUCGGCGCUCUCCCUUGGCAGCCUUGGCAUGAGCGGACUAAGCGGACCACACCGAAUGCGGCUCUUCGGUGAGGCUCCUGACGCCCCAGAUCUUCAGUUGGGCCGUCGACUCCGUCGACUGCAGGCAAGCAAGACGGCCGAGAUCACGGUCGUUAACGACGUGGAGUUCCUCCAGCAGUUUCAGGGCCCGAGCAGAUUCGAGGACGUCGCCCUGUACGAUGUGACCGUCAUGGACUUAGUGCGUGAUUCUUAUCGAAUGCCUCCGAGAACAGGUGCAUGGUCAGAGGUCAUUGAGGCUGUGUUGGUGGAAAUCCAUACUUUUACAGAUGCAGAUCCUUGGGCAGAUGAGCCAGAGGUCCAGCCAGACGGGGAGAACAAGACAGAUCCUGGCUGGCUCCGCUACUACUUCCGAACAUACACCUUGCAGCAAAUUCAGUCAGGUGGAUGGUACAACAGUGAUUUGCGUACACUUUUUACAGGACGAGUGCUUCAAGGUCUGGUUGGCUUCGCCGUCUCCAACACCAUGUGCAAUCCCCCACAAUCGGCCAGCAUCCAAGCCUGUAGGCCGGAUGGCGUGAGGCGUUGUGCGAUGCUUACGGCGCAUGAGAUUGGCCACACCUUCGGCAUGGCUCACGACUACGCUGACGCCAGCAAUAACUAUACAGCGUGCUACAGCCUACAGGACUCCCCGGCCUUGAUCAUGUGGGCCUGGACCGGCUCCAACGAGCUGCAAUUCUCGAGCUGCAGCGCCGCUGACAUGGCCACGUACUUCCAGGACGUCUACAACCCGAAUCCCCACCGGCAGUGCUUGGAGAAUCUUCCUUCGAAGUGCUGGGCAGACAGCUUUUGUGGAAACGGUGUGGUUGAGGUGGGUGAAGAUUGCGAUUGUGGCUCGUCUGAUUGCAGCACUCUGGAUCCAUGUUGCAAUGGUGGAACCUGCAAGUUUGCUGACCCCAGCUAUGAGUGCAGUGAUUUCUCAGAUCCUUCUUGCUGCUCAUCUUGUUUCUAUUCAGCCUCUGCCAAUCCAUGUUCCUGCCCAAGUGCGUAUUCAGGGCAAAGCUGCACUCGCACACAGGAUGGAACUCCAUACCCAGGAUUUUGUGCAGAUGGAGGUUGUCAAAGCAUGGCAGCCAAUUGCGCAGAUCUCAGUCAGAAUUUUCCAGGAGGCUGGGAUUUGACGCCGUCCUGCCAUGCUUACGAUGACGAUUGUGGUGCAGCUGUUUGCCACAUGUCAUACUUCACAGACUCUGCUGUGCAGUGUGAUCAUCGCUUCGAUGGAACGCUCGUGUCGGAUGGGACCCCCUGCUGGCUAAAGACCGAUCCGCGAAGCAGCAGGAACGGCAUUUGCCAAGCGGGCUCUUGCGUCUCCCGCCUUGAUGCAGGCGCUUCGUGUGGCAAUGGGCAAAUCGAUUAUGCAGAAGAAUGCGACUGUGGUGCCGUUGCUGACCCUUGCUGUGAAUGCAGCACAUGCAAGCUAAAUCCUGGCGCCCAGUGCGCGUCUUCGGAAGCCUGCUGCAUGCAGAAUUGUCAGCUUGCUUCGACAAAGACCGUUUGCCGCCCAUCAGUGGGCUCCUGUGAUUUUGCCGAGUAUUGUGAUGGCCAAUCUGCCAGAUGCCCUCUUGACAGGGGCUUGCCAGUAGGAGCACCCUGCCAAGGCGAAGGCGAAACAUGCUAUGGCAAACAGUGUGUACCCAACCUUGAUGAGCAGUGUGAGGCGACGUUCGCGGCUGGCUUUCUAGCGGCACGGAAUGAAGGCUCUGCACCACGUGAAUAUCCUGGACACACUUGCCAAGAGCUGGCUUGUUGCAAGAACUGUUCUGCCGGCGGCUCGUGCACAGGAGCCUUCGUCUUGUCUCGUCGCGACGUGCCACUCUAUGCAGUUGGUGGAAGCUUAAGUGAUGCCGCGACCUUCUCCGUGUCUGGAAACGUGGUGACGGUCACUUUUGUUCUUCCGGUAGUCCUCGGCCCUGGACCAACUUAUGGCUAUGUCAGGUCCCGUAUACCACAAGAGCUUAAGCUUCGUCCUGACUUGUCUCGCACGGAUUUUCCAAACUAUGACCCCGUUGCGCCCUACAAGCCCGGCUUCCUUUGCACGUGGGGUCAGGAGGCGAGUGAUGAGAAGAUAUGGUUCAAGUACGAGUCGGACAAGGGAAGCAAUCUCUGGAUCAACUCCAAGACUCGGGUUGAUAUCCCAGAAGGCCUGAAUUGCACCUAUCCCAGCGUAGAGAGCUGUGAUGCCCCGGCACCGGCACCGGCCGUUGUGUAUGGCAUAGUUCAGGGAAAGCACUGUGGUGGUAUCACCAUCAACCAGUGGGCCGAUGGCACCUCGUCGAACUACGGAACAGAUGCUGGUGGAGUUGACCCAGAGGUCUGCAAAGCGACUUGCGAUGAACAUCCAGAGUGCGCAGGCUUUGUUCAGGCAAAUGGUCGAUGCUCGUAUUGGAAGAGCAAGUACUUGAAUCCAUAUGAUCAGAGUUCCAUGUCCUGCUAUUUCAAGCAGCGGUUGUCGGAUACGGUGGGGUUCCAGCUUCUCCAAGACACGCGAUGUGAGUCUGCACAAAUCCAAACCUGGGAUGAUGGAACAAAUGCAGGGUACGGAUCAGGCUAUUCCUUCUUGGAAACGUGUCGACGGAUGUGCUCCGAACGUGCUGAAUGUGCUGCGUUCCUUGAGAGAGUUUCGGAUGGAAGGUGCACUUUUUGGAGGAGUGCAUCUCAGCCGCUAACACUAUCAAAUGAGCCUGGCAUCAACUGCUAUGCUCGGGAAGGUGCGGGAGGUGCACUUGAGGAAGUGGAUGCUGGGGAUUGCACCUACUGCGGGCAGUAUGCGCCAGCUCGGUCCAGGAAUUAUGCCUUCGGGAGCGUGGCUGGCACACUCUACCCCGGAGCUGCCGUGGAUGGAACUGUUCUGGCUGAUCAGAACUUCAUGUGCCUGAAAGGUCAAGCAGUAGCGAUUGCAACGACAUGCGCAGGCCAAGAAUUCCUGGAGAUCUCGAUCGGUCAAUGCUUGCCCUGUCACGCUGCUUGUGCAGGCUGCUCAGGUCCUUCCAGCUUAGAUUGCAUCGAGUGCGCUUUCGGCAGCCGAGAUUCUCGAGGUAUGUGCGGUCUCCCCACCACUGCAACAACCACCGCGCCCUUUACACGCUUGCCAUCGCAGGAGUGUGGUGGCUUGGAGUUAAACUGUGCCCAGUGGAGUGAUGGGACAGCUUCCAGCUAUGGGGAGGCAGGGCCCAACAAUGAGUACACCGACAUUGAGAAAUGUAAGGAGGCUUGCUCUCGACAGUUCUCUUGCCUUGGUUUCCGACAAGAUUUGGCUUCAAAGAUCUGCUCAUAUUGGCAGGUGGGUGCCCUGAACGCCUCGGCGGAUCCUGGUAGUGAUUGCUACGAAAGGGAGUCAUGGAUUCUGAUAAUGAAAGUGCAGAGUAACACCUUCGGCUUCGACUCGCCCUAUUGGACCAACAGCCUCUUGCUCAACGAGAAUUCCGCGGGAGUUGUGGUCGAAGAUGCAAAGUACAGCACCUUCCUGUCUGUGCCAUUUGCGCAAAUUCGUAUGUGCAUCGAGAGCCCGGGUUCAGGUUGUGUGGACCAUGCCUUCAACACAACCUGGGACAAUGCCUUAGCACUCUUCAACUCAGGGGCCACUGUUGACCCGACCGUGGAUCAAGAUGUGAUGCUCGAGGCCUUCCAGGUCCCAGCUGGCUCAUACAGCACUUGCCCAAUGAUCCAGCCGGGCUUUAACAUCCAGUGUGGGGCAGGGCCCAAUGUCCGUUGGGGUUACUGUAGCAACUGCAAGUCUGCAAGCUGCGUCGACGUUGGCACAGCAGCCAUCGGCCUUGGCCUAGCUGAUGGGGCUGCUGGGACUGUGCAGAAGGGUGCUGGAUGGACCGAGCUCUUUGCCAGUGGCGAUGGUUGCACUCCCACACCGCCGCCAGCUCGCACAGUUUGGCUCUAUGUGGCUGGAAAGGUCCAAAGAGGAGCUGGGCAGGUCACUGUGCUAACUGGCACCUUGCAAAUGACAGUCAACACCGAAGAUGGCUGCAGUGAAGAAGUCAAGGCUCAAGUGGCUGAAGCUGUGGCCGCGACCGUGGCGCAGACCGCUGGCAUCCCACCUGCGACUGUGCUGGUAACGGUCCAAUGCUCGCUAAGGCUGCGACGCUUACAAGCAGGUGACGCAGCGCCGGUCACUAUGGAGGCAGGGUAUCAGAUCACCUUGGAUGACGAGACCGAAGCGAGUCUUGGUGUCGACAGUGUAGAAGUGGCUGCUUCAAUCGACGGCUUGUCGGCAAGCGAUGCUGGCGAGUUGAUCGAGGCCUUUUCCAAUUUGACACUCACAGUGGAUGGGAAGAGCGACGUGGUAGUAACAGUAGCACCAGCAACGCCGCCAUCACCGGCACCUGCUGGCUUGUGCGACGACAUCUCGUACUUGGAUUACGUACUUGCCAACAAGCACGGAAAGCAGAUGAUCAGAGCUUGCAAGCUGCACGACCUGACUUCCAAAUACGCCAUCGUUCCAUCGAUGCAGCCGGUGUAUGUCGCCGCCUGGCCUGCUCUAGUCGGAGUGGCAGUGCUGGUCGGUACUGUCGCGCUGCGACGCCCACGCCCCGAUCGCUUUCUACCACUCCAAGAAAGCGAUUGA